AUGAGUGGACCAGUGGAUGGACGCACAGAGAAGGAGCCACUGGCCGUAGUGAUUGUGUAUGCAUUUGACUGCACCACACCGACCCCGGACUGGUACAAGGUAGACAAUGUGUUUUGGUUGGUGCAAGAGAAGCUCACCGGCAUCAGGGGUAGCAGCCUCGGCUACACAUACGUCAUGUCAACCCCUAAUACUUACACGUCGGAUAUGAAAUUGGUUGACUCUGCUGAGAUAAACGGAAAUGGCUACAAAAGUAGCCCGUCCUGGAAAAGGACUGCCUGUGUGAAAAACAUGACAUCUGGACUCUAUGAAGCACAUAGACUAAUCAAUGAACAUGGGAACAUGAAUGCAAUCAUCUUGUUAUUUUCUGAUGGGUUGGUUAACAAGGGCGACUUCUUUGACGGAGCUGAGGACUUCCUCUCCAGUGUGCCCGUCUACACGUUUACCCUCGGCGGAAAUGCAUAUAACCAGGGUCUUCGCACCAUUGCAGCAAAUUCCCCAGGCGGGAUGUUCAGCCCCCUCCCUGUUCCGGACUUGCCAAGCCUAUCUGUGCCCUUCUCCCAACUCUUGGAUAACAUCCUUAAUGAUACCACGAUGCACAGUGAGAAGAAUCCUAGUCCCACUUCCGGGAGGUGGCCGUUAAAUGUAGUGAUUGUGUCAGCAUUUGAUUGCACCACCUCGACCCCAGCUUGGAACAAGGUGAAUCGUGAGGUCUAUUGGUUGGUGCAAAAGAAGCUAACCCAAUUUGUUCAUAGUUGCCUUGGCUACACAUACGUCAUGUCCACCCCAAACACGUACACAUCUGAGAUGAAACUGGUUGACCCCAUGGAGACAGAGGCAAGUGGGUACCCAAGAAGCUCAGCCUGGCGAAGGGAUGCUUGCACGAACAACAUGGCAGCUGGUCUCGUCGAGGCACACAGACUGAUCAGCGAGCACGGGCACCUGAAUGGCAUCAUCUUGCUCUUCUCUGAUGGGUUGAUUAACAAGGGCGACUUCUUUGAUGGAGUUCAGGGCUUCAUCUCCAAAGUUCCAGUUCACACAUUUACUCUUGGUGGGGAUGCAUAUAACCAAGAUCUUCUCACCAUCGCAAUAAAUUCACCGGGAGGCACGUUUCACACCCUCCCUGUCCCGGAAAAACCGAGUCUAUCGGUGCCUUUUUCGAGGCUGGUGGAUACCAUCCUCAGUGGCGCAGGGAAGUGGCCACUAGACGUGGUGAUUUUGUAUGCAUUUGACAGUACCACCUCAAGCCCAGAUUAUAAAACCGUGGACAAUAUCUUUUGGUUGGUGCAAGAGAAGCUCACCCGUCUCGUGGAUAGCUGCCUUGGUUACACUUAUGUCAUGUCAACCCCGAACACGUGCACGUCUGAUAUGAAAAUAGUUGAUUCGACCGAUACGGAGUUAAAAGGCUACAAAAGAAGCCCGUCCUGGAGACGGUCCGCCUGCACGAAGAACAUGGCGUCUGGCCUCUUCGAGGCCCACAAACUGAUCAGCUACCGUGGACACUGGAGUAGCAUCAUCUUGCUCUUCUCCGAUGGGCUGAUCAACAAGGGAGACUACUUUGAUGGAGCCGAGGACUUCGUCUCCAAAGUACCCGUCCACACGUUUACUCUCGGCGGAGAAGCGAACAAGCACGUUCUUCAUGCCAUGGCAAAGAAUUCCCCUGGUGGGAUGUUUCACCCCCUCCAGGUCCCUGAUAAGCCGAAUCUAUCGGCACCCUUCUCGCAACUGCUGGACAACAUCCUCAACGGUACCACGAGAUCCACCUAG